CUCGUUCGUGCAGGAUUCUGUCAACAAUCUCGCGUUCGUCACGGUAGCUGUCAGCAUCUGUCAUCGACAAUCGUUCACUUCCGAGUCCGUUUUCGGCUUUGAAACUUUCAGCAUUUCACCAAAGAUCCUCCAUUUGUCCCGUACGAAACACUCUUGGUGGUUACGUUUCUAUCCUUCCAACAGAGAAGUGCUUGCUACGCAAUCUGUAAUAGCUCCGUUUCCAGGCAGAACACUUUCGACUCUGAGUUGUCGGGAUCUAUCGACGGACGGAAGGAACAUCCAUACACGUAUCGCAUUUACGUAUCAAAUACACGUAUCGCAUACACGCACCCGUCGUCGACACGAAAAUGAUGAACGCGUUUACUACGGGACCGGAGUCAACUGCUGCCGACCGCCACAACAGACGCGCCACGGGAAUUUCUUCCGAGGCAGAAGAACGCCGGAUGGAAACCUUGGAAAUCAUGAACACACCAGUCGAAAACGAUGCGGAAGAGGAGAAUGAUGAUGACGACGACGAAGAAGAAGAGGCGCUGGCGCCUGUUGCUGGAUGGAGAUUCUGGUGGAUCUUUGCCAGGUUUCCGUUGGGUCUGCUCCUCGUUAACACUAUCCUUCUCGCUUUAAUCACCCUAUACAAUCCACAAUACUCGCCCUCAUAUAUUGUGGGAAACUCGACGGACGUUGAAAUGAACGACGCCUUCGAUUCCGACGAGCGAAGGGAUUUCGGGCUUGCGCAGUUCAGUGCGCUCGAACUGCAAUCAUGGAUUGUCAAAUGCGGGAUGGUAGCCCUCUUAGCUUGCCUGGAUGCUAUUGUCUUUUACUGGUUCACAGUACGUCUCAAGAAGGGCAUGGAAUUGCUUGCGCAAAAGGCUCAGCAAGAAGAGCCUCAAGGACGGCCAGUCGCAAAUGAGAAUCUGAACAGGACAAGAACGGCACCGUUGCACAAGUUGGACUUGAACUACAGCGAACUGGACCUGGUACACGCUCGGGUGACCCAAAAGAUAGACUCGUAUCUAUUUAGGGACCCAGCGCGGCAACCGACCGUCCCAAUCUUGGUCAGCCUGUUGUACCUACUGACGGCACUCACAGUGACUGCUUGUCUGACUACGCUAUCACUUUUGAUAUUUUUGUACAGCUCCGAAGGAUCUUCCAUGUGCUUGGAGAGCAUCACAUCACAGUCAAGUGAAUCCGUGGAAUUUGAUAUUGACUCGAUUGAAAAUAUCCCGCAAGAGUUACAGGAAUGGGCAAGUCCGAGAUAUUCAUAUUCUGAUGGAUCAUCAUACAUUCAUAUGAGUGACGGAACUACUUACUUUCGCGGUAGAAUGGCCGAAAAGGAACAUCAUGGUUGGGAUUCCUAUAUGGAUACGGAAACACUAGUUGCGACCAACGUAAAUGGAAAUCUUACUGUGUACAGUCAACUCCACGAACCGCAUAGCUUCGUGAGUAUUAACGAAGGUUCUGGUGAAACAAUGGAAGGAUUCUGUUUCCUCUAUACGGAGUUUGCUGGACACGACGACGAGGAAAUAUAUGAAUACAAAAAGCAAGCAGUUGCAUGUGUGACAUCAGAUGAAGAUAAAAGUCAGGGAUUUCGAAACGCAACUCUUCUAAACAGUGACAAAUGGAAUCGGAUUAGAUGGUCCGCUGGCAAAGCUCACGAUGGACGAUACUGGAUCAGGCUGCAAGAGGAUAGAUUUGUUGAUGAGUGGUCGUCGUAUCAAGAGGUUUUGCAUAUCAUACAGCUGGACCCGCAGUCGAUGAUGUAUACUAUAGUUGCAAACUCAACUUCCUUCCCCGAUUUUCAACAACCCUUGAGGAACGAAGGAAGUAGAUGUUUCCGCUGGACUAGCGGCAUUGGGUUCGUUGCUGCCGCAAUAUCUCUGUUUCUUUCGGCGCUGGUGCUCCUACUAUUCAUCAAGACAAAGUCGGGAGCAGGUUGCUUGGCGUUGUCUAUCUUUGCAGUCCGACUUUGGCUGGAAGAAACUUGGCUCGACGAAACUUGGCUAGACAUGCUGAGUCCAGUAUUGCUUGUUUUUACAUUCAUAUGCUUGUGCACGGCAUCACUCAGCCUUGCCGUCCGAGAGAUGUUGCUAUGGGGAAUGUAUAGUGUCAUUGUGAUGCAAUUGGUUUUAGCUAUUCAAUUUCAGGUAAUGGGGACUAUUGGACUAGGUAUGGGCCUCGCGCUGGACCAUCCUGUACUUCAGCUGGGUGGAUGGAUUGGAGGACCAUUUGCUGUCUUUCUUCUUUUGUUCUACUCAAUCACUGAUUCCAUUGAUUGGUUGGAACUGGUGGCGUUUAUUCCAUUGAGUGUCCUUAUUGCUUGCGGGAUGGUGACGGCAGGGAAUCAACUCACAAGAUACCGCCCAUUUCUGCUGUUCUACCUGAGGCGUUUGUGGCGAUCGCUUUGCCUGAAAAUACGGCCGCAAAUUCGACAACAAAGCAGAAGCUGAGAAAUGGACUUUUAUACACAGAUUUAAAGGCAUGUUGACUAGCUGCUGACUGUGAGAUUCUAUUUUUACGUUGUAUCUUGUGGACGUCGAACAAUCCAUCACAGUCACCACUAAAACUCGGCAAACCAUAAUCACCAAAUCUUAAUGAGUAUUGCUUUACUUGC